AUGGAUCAGGCUGGAAAUACACUCACUAACCCUAAGGAUAUCAAAGAAGAGGCUGUUCUUUUCUACAAGAAGCUGUUCGGGUCAGAUUACACUGAUUUGGGCUCUUGCCCCCCCUCGAUUCCCCUUUUGGGGGUGGUUUCCGAAUCUCAGAAUAUGGAGCUUGGAAAGGAGGUAAAUGGAGACGAGGUUAAAAGAGUUGUGUUUAGUUUGAAAGACUCUAAAGCCCCAGGGCCUGAUGGUUUCGGGGCUGGCUUUUACAAGCACUCGUGGGAGGUCAUUGGUGAGGAGCUAACACAUGCUGUCCAAUGGUUCUUUGCAAACUCCUUCAUGCCCCGUUCUAUUAAUGCAACCUUUAUUACUUUGGUUCCGAAGUCAGGGGAUGUCUCCACUUUUGCGGGGUUUCGGCCAAUUGCUUUAUGCAAUCUCCUAUACAAGAUUAUUACUAAAAUCCUCUCCAAUAGGAUCCAGCAUGUUAUUGGGAGUGUGGUCAGCCAUAAUCAGUCAGCUUUCAUCAAGGGCAGGUCUAUUGUUGACAAUAUACUUGUUUGCCAUGAUAUUGUGCGAGGUAUCGAACAAAAAGCUGCCAACCCUACUGCAGUUUUGAAGGUGGAUCUUCACAAGGCCUACGACUCUCUAAGUAGGAAAUUUUUGUUUGAUGUGAUGGGAAGAAUGGGAUUCUCAGAUAAGUUCAUAGGGUGGGUGAAGGCCUGUGUAACCACUCCUAUGUUCUCUGUCCUUAUAAAUGGUAGCCCGGCUGGUUUCUUCAAUGGAGGGAGAGGGAUUAGACAAGGGGAUCCAUUGUCCCCCUAUCUGUUCACCCUUGCUAUGGAGGCCUUCACUGGAAUUAUGCGAAGGCUUGAGAUUGAUGGUCAGAUUAAGCUACUACCCCGCUGUAAAUCAUUUCACCUUUCACACCUCAUUUUUGCAGAUGAUCUUAUGAUUUUUGUGAAGGGGAACCGCGAUUCUAUUUUAGCUAGUUUGGGGGGUCUGGAUGAGUUUGCUGCCCUCUCCGGGCUUCAACUUAACAGAUCUAAGUCCUCUAUUAUUUUAGGGGGCCUUACCCAAACUAGUAGUCUGGAACUUUUGGAUUUAACGGGUUUUUCAGAAACCAAGCUGCCUAUUAGGUACCUUGGAGUUCCUCUUGUGUCCGGCAGGUUAUCCAUGAAAGAUUGCAGCCCCAUCUUGGACUUGGUUCGUCGAAAGUUGGAAGGGUGGAAGGCUAGAUUCCUCUCUUAUGCUGGUCGUCUUCAACUCUUAGCUUCAGUUCUUCAAGGAAGUUACAUUUACUGGGCAGGGAUUUUCGGCCUUCCUGGUAAUGUUAUCACCAAGCUGGAGUCUAUGUUCUCUAACUUCCUUUGGUCGGGUCCCUCUCUUCAACGGAAGACCCACUUUAUUUCUUGGGAUGCGUCAAGGGUCUCAACAACUGCUCCCUGGGUCUGGCGUAAAGUUUUGAAGUAUAGGGACAAAGCCCUUCCCCUUAUCAAAACUAUCAUUGGGGAUGGGGCUGCUACAAAGCUUUGGAUUGAUAAUUGGCACCCGUGUGGAGUUCUCUUGAAUAGAUUUGGUAGCAGGAUAUGCUACGACGCAGGCUCCUACUCUCUUGCUGCCCGACAUGCGUGUGUCAAGGAGAUUGUGCGUGAUGGAGAUUGGUACCCUGGCCCCUCUACAUCUUUUGACCUCAUUGAUAUAUGGAGGGCCCUUCCAACCAUUGAAAAAUUUCACGAUGAGGUUCCGGAUUUGACAGUUUGGAUUGGCAACUCUUCGGGUAAUUUCACUACCAAAUCAGCUUGGAAUGCUGUCCGCACAAGAACUGCCCAUACAGAUUGGAGUGAAGCUGUUUGGUUUGAAAGGGGGAUUAAUUCCCAUUGCUUUAUAGCUUGGAGAUGCCUUUCGGAUGCCCUCCCUACAAGGGACAACCUCAUUCAUAGACAUAUUCUAGCUCCUCAUCAUUGUGAGUUUUUUUGUGGCCGAGCGAAAAUCAUCUUUUCUUUGGGUGCCCCUUCUCUCGACAUUUGGAAAAUUAUUUAUGAGCUUUGCUUUCAUGAUGGAACCAUGCCAAGCAAUGUCAUUGAUGCAGCCAUCUCGGUUAGAUAUGCCGCAGGUAGAGCAGGGAAGUUGGGGCUGGUCACCAAGCUUGCGACAAUCAAGCAUAUCUGGUCGGAGAGAAAUUUCAGAAUUUUCAGGAACAAAAUCAGACCUAAGGACCAGAUCAUAGCGGCUAUAAAGGGGGAUGUUAUUGGCAGAUUAUCUUCCAUUUCUUUGGUGGGUGACCCUACUACUGCCAACCUUCAUAUUGCUACCAAAUGGGGUCUUCAAGUUCAUUGGGCUGCUCGAAUUCCAAAGGCCUGCUCUUGGUUUGCCCCUAAUCCGAAUAUGGUUGCUCUCCAUUGUGAUGGGUCUCUUGCAGAUGACAAAGCAAGCUUUGGGGGCCUCAUUCGUGAUGGAUGUGGGGACCCCAUAGCUGCCUAUGCUGGUCAAGGGGAAGAUCUUUCGGUGCUGUCCAUGGAGUUUAAGGCUAUUUACAAAGGAAUUUCCCUUUGUAUCGAGAAGGGCUUGUAUGAUGUUUCUGUUAGGUCGGAUUCGAAGCUGGCCGUCGACAUUUUGAAUGGGCAGAUCACUGGGCCCUGGCAAAUCCUUAUUUUGAAAAGUAAGAUCCUCUCUAAGUUUAGGCUGCUGAGGUCUAAAGAAUUAGUUCAUGUUUGGAGAGAACAGAACCAGCCCGCAGAUUUCAUGGCUUCCCUCCCUACUGACCCCUCUGGAACCUAUUGGGAGCCUGAGUCUUUCCCUCUGGAGCUGACCAUUCUCAUAAAGAAAGAUAAGGAGCUA